AUGGCUGCACAACUUUUCAAUCGCAUCGGCCAAUUGGGCUUAGGAGUUGCACUUGUAGGAGGAGUUGUGAACUCUGCUCUUUAUAACGUUGAUGGUGGUCAUCGCGCAGUUAUAUUCGAUAGGUUUGCUGGAGUCAAAAACCUAGUUGUUGGGGAAGGGACCCAUUUCUUUAUUCCAUGGGUACAAAAACCUAUUAUAUUUGAUAUCAGAUCCAGACCCAGAAAUGUUCCUACUGUCACUGGAAGUAAAGAUCUUCAAAAUGUAAACAUAACACUUCGUAUUCUGUUCCGUCCGGUACCCGAUCAACUUCCCAGAAUCUACACCAUCCUUGGUGUGGACUACGAUGAAAGGGUAUUGCCGUCAAUCACAUCAGAAGUACUUAAAGCAGUCGUAGCACAGUUUGAUGCCGGAGAAUUGAUCACACAGAGAGAGAUUGUCUCCCAAAAGGUGAAUGAAAGCCUAACUGAGAGAGCUGGACAGUUUGGUUUAAUCUUAGAUGACAUUUCAAUCACACAUCUGACCUUUGGCAAGGAGUUUACACAGGCUGUUGAAUUAAAACAAGUUGCGCAACAAGAGGCGGAAAAAGCCAGAUUUGUUGUAGAAAAGGCUGAACAGCAGAAGAAAGCAGCCAUCAUUUCCGCUGAGGGAGAUGCUCAAGCAGCAGUUCUUUUAGCAAAAUCCUUUGGAAAUGCUGGAGAGGGUCUGGUGGAACUCCGACGUAUUGAAGCCGCUGAAGACAUAGCCUACCAACUAUCCAAAUCACGAAAUGUGACCUAUCUUCCUCAAGGCCAAAAUGUAUUGUUAAACCUGCCCACACAAAACUAA